AUGACUGAUAAUGUAACUUUAAAAGAAGAUGAAAUUUUAGCAAUAACUUCAAUAUUUGGUGAAGAUUCUUUUCAAAAAGAAGAGGAAGAAAAAAAGGCAACCGAUUCUGUCUCAUCUUUUUCAACCUAUAUUUUUAAGUUAUCUUUAGAUGACAAUAAUAAUAGCAAUGUUGGUAGUAAAAAAGAACUUAAAAUAAGGUUUUAUUUUUCUUUAGACUAUCCAUCUGAUGAGCCACCAAUUUAUGAGAUAUUGAGUGUAUAUUGUGGUGUAAUGAAAAUUGAUGAUUUGAUUAGGUUAGAGAUUGAUCAGAACUUUAGAAAACUUUUUGUUCCUGGUGAAGUGGUAAUAUUUUCUUGGAUUGAGUGGUUGAAAGACUACCUAUUAAAUAAAUUAUUAGAAGAUGAAUUUUCUUCCAUUAACAUUAAUAAUGAUAAUUCUGAAGGAAAUGAGGUCAACGAAAAGGUGGAAGAAGAGUUGAUGACAGUUGAUAAAAAUUUAAAUUUAGAAAAUAUUAAAAAUAUAAAUUCAGAAACAUGUCCCAAGAUAUUUCAUGGUGAACCUUUAGAACAUAAAAAAUCAAUCUUUCUGGCACAUUUGGCAAAGGUAAACAAUAUUCAAGAAGUGAAGCUUGUAAGAUCUAUGUUACUAUCUGAUAGAAAAAUUGCUAAAGCUACACAUAAUAUAAUGGCUUAUAGAAUUUUACUAGAUAAUGGUGCAAUAUUACAAGAUAAUGAUGAUGAUGGAGAAACAGCAGCAGGUAGCAGAUUAUUACAUUUAUUACAAAUGCUUGAUUCAAGGAAUGUUAUUGUGGUAGUCACAAGAUGGUAUGGUGGAAUAUUAUUAGGACCAGUUAGACUGCCUCCAAAUUCUAUGAAUAUUAACAAUAGUACAUUUCGUCAGUCCGAGUUCUCAAAAGACACCACUGAUAUGGACAUUUAUGAAGCAACUGCUGCUGGCAACUUGGAUAAGGUUAAAGAACUUUUAGCACCUAAAGAUUCUGGUGGAAUAGUUACAGCUUUUCACCGUGCAAAUAUUCCGAAUCUUUCUUCAGGUUUAACACCACUUCAUUAUGCUGCUUCCCGUGGCCACCUAGAAAUUGUUGAAUGGUUGAUAGAGUAUGCCGGUGCUAUUGUUGAUUUAGAAGAUCAAACUGGUGAAAAUGCUCUUUUGAAAGCUUCUUAUAACGGUCAUAUAUCAGUUGUUAAAUAUCUUUUAGAAAAAGAAGCAAAUGUUUCACAGAAAGAUAAUGAUGGGUGGACUGCACUUCACAAUGCAUCUGCACAAGGUUAUCUUCCAAUAAUAAAACAUUUAUUAGAAGUAGCUAAAGCAGACGUUGAUGUUGGAAGCAACAAAAACAUCACGCCUUUAAUGAAUGCUUCAUCAAGAGGACAUGUUGGUAUUGUCGAGUAUCUUUUAAAUCGUGCCGGUGCUAAUCCUUUUAUUAAGAACAGUUUUGGUGAGACUGCAUUUGAUUCAGCUGCAACAAGUAAUGAAGCUUAUAUUUGUGAAUUAUUAGAAAAGGCUGAGCGUGAUUGGUGGAAAGGAAAGAGAGCUAUACCUGAACCAAUAUCUUUUAGGGAUCUUGAAAAUUCCUUGCCACCAAUAAAUCAACCAUAUGAUGUUUUUGCUUUUCAUAUAUCUGUACCUAUUAUUCUUCAUGAAAAUCAACGAGCUUCAUCCAUUUUUCCAGUCUCUCUUCGAAGACCACCAAAAUAUUCUGCCGCAAAUCUUUUGAAAACAGACUAUUGCAGCCCUUGGUCUCUUUAUCCUAGUGGUCAACCAUCAUCCAAAGAAGCGGUGAAGCUUCCUGUAGGUCCCAAUUCUUCAACCGUGUCAAUUGUUACAAAUAUCUCGUCACGAUCUCAGACUAGACUAUGGUUUUGGGUGGAUGAAUGGCAUGUUGACAUGACUCAUCCACGUAUAGAUGCACAAGGGUGGCAAUAUGCUAGAAGUUUUGAUGAAGCAGAUAAAAAAUGGUCGAUAAUACCGCCUGCAAAUGCAAAUACUUGGGUCAGACGAAGAAGAUGGGUUCGUGUGAUGAAACGUCGUAUGAAUCUUUCUGAAUCAAAUAAUCCUUUAAGAUUUAUCAAUGAAAAUAAUUCUCAAUUAGAUUAUAUAGAAAAAGCUGAAACUAUUAUAAAGCUUAGUCAAGACUAUAACAAAAGAGAAAGUAUUGAUAUGUCGGAACAGUUAAUACGAUAUAAAGAAGCAAUUAGAAUUUUAAAAACUGGAAUUGAAUCUGAAACAGAUAAUGAACGAAAACAAGAAGCGAAUUCACUUAUAGAUAGUUUUACACAACAUUCAGAAUAUUUGGAAAGUAUCAGAAAAGGCAAUAGUGAUGUUUAUGCAAAAUCUCCAACUUCAAGUUUUCAUGAUGUACCAAUGACACCUACUCAUAUACCAAACUCGUCAUCUAACAAUAUCUUUAAAUUAGAACUACCUAUUAGUAAAUUAAGAAAUAGUGUUGCUAAUAAUUUUACUAAUAUUAGAGCACCAUCAACUACUAGUUUUAAAAGUUUUGAAACAAUAGAAGAUCCAUGGUCCAUGACUACUACAAAUGAUGAUGUUGCUGGCAAUUCAUCAUUUUCCAAUUAUUAUGGAAAUGGUGGUGUUGGUAAUGGGCAAUCAAUGAUGACUUCUCCUACCAGAUUAAAUUCACAAUUUAGUUUAAACAUCAGCAGUGUUCCUACUACAAACUCAAUCACCUCAUUUGGAGUUUGGGAAAAUGAUGAUGAUGUUCACGAACGAUGUGGUCAAGUUGUUUGUGAUAGAUGUUCACUUUCUCGACUUAUUUUACCGCCUUCUCAAGUAAUAUUUGAUCCAUCGGCACCAAAUGAUUCAUCAUCGUCUUCUUCUUCAGCUUCACAAUAUCAUCGUGUUUGUGACUCAUGUCAUUCAUCAAUGGGACAUCCUACAAAAAAAAAACGUUCCAAUAGUAUAACUUCAUCAACAUCAAUAAGUGUAGUUCCAGGUUCAAAAUCUGAUCAAGAACAUAUCAAAAACUGUCUUGAAAAUCAGAAUGGAAACAGUUAG